AUGAAUCAUAGCCCUCGCCUGCCAAAGUUCUUGAAGACGUCGAUCCCUUCGGGCAAGAACUACAAGCGUCUGAAGAAUGACUUGCGCGGGUUGGGUUUGCACACCGUCUGCGAGGAAGCACGGUGUCCGAACAUUGGGGAGUGCUGGGGAGGGAAGGAGGGAGCUACAGACGCAGAGAACAGGAGCGCAGCGACAGCCACGAUCAUGCUCAUGGGUGACACCUGCACACGCGGAUGCCGCUUCUGCUCUGUGAAGACGUCUCGUGCACCACCUCCCCUUGACCCGCACGAGCCAGAGCAUACAGCCGAGGCCAUAAGCCGAUGGGGCCUCGGCUACGUCGUGCUCACCAGCGUGGACCGAGAUGACCUCGCUGAUGGCGGCGCACACCACUUCGCCGAGACCAUCCGCAAAAUCAAGCAGAAGGCCCCCCACAUCCUCGUCGAGGCCCUGACGGGCGACUACGCAGGCUCGAUGGAGCAUGUUGCGCUGGUAGCGAAGUCAGGGCUUGACGUCUACGCGCACAACGUCGAGACGUCGGAGGAGAUGACGCCGUUCGUGCGCGACCGGCGGGCGACUUUCCGCCAGAGUCUGCAGGUGUUGAAGCAUGCGAAGGAGCAGGGUGUGCGCAUCACGAAGACGAGUAUUAUGCUUGGUGUGGGCGAGACAGAGGACCAGAUAAUGCGCGCUUUGCAGGAGCUGCGCAAGGUCGAUGUCGAUGUGGUGACGUUCGGGCAGUACAUGCGGCCCACGAAGCGCCACAUGAAGGUCGACCGCUACGUUGAGCCGGUCGAGUUCGAGCGCUGGCAGAAGAUUGCAGAGGACAUGGGCUUCCUGUAUGUGGCCAGCGGGCCGUUGGUGCGCAGCAGCUACAAGGCUGGCGAGUUCUUUAUCGAGAACGUAUUGCGCAAGGGCGAGAAGGAGGCGAGGAAGUUGGCGGCUGAUGCAGCUGCACUGACGCCUGAGGCGCCAGCGGUCUCCGCUGCACGAUUUGGCCCUGCCUCUGCCACUGCUCUGGCGACUUCAACGUCGCUGGGCGAUUAUAUAGAUAAUUAG